AUGUCGCUGGAUUCGCGAUUUUAUCAUGAAGAGCAGUCUAUCGAACACGUUGGGUGUUGGUCGUGAGGAUUUGAAUGUUUCUGAUUGGAACUGGAAAGGAGUACAGGCGCGGAAUUUGGAAUAUGAUGAGAAAUUUGUGGAACAAACUGCUUUCAUACCAUCAUCACUGAGUUCAAUUUCCAUAUCCUUCACCAAGGAGAUAAUGGGCAAGAAUACUAAUGAUUGUUCACCUCCAACAAGACAGAACAAAUCCGCCAGGGGCGAUGAGUAUGUCACAGGGAUAGAGCUGAUUUCAGACACAGACGACCAGCCGCCAAUCCGUUUGGGACACAUGAUCCCUGGAAAUCGAGUCACAUAUCAGGUCAAAUCAUUCAAAGCAUUUGAAGUUGCCAUGAAUGAUAAGGGAAUCCAUGCCCUCAGGAUAAUUUUUGAUGCUGAUGAGCCUGCUACAUUGUGGAUCGGGAAUUCCUCUGCAGCCAGCAUAACGAAUCGUCUCAUACUGAAGGAAAAUGUUGCUGCUCUUGAAGCUUGUUUCACUGCAAGUUGCACUUACAUCCCCUGACAUCUGGAGCAUGGGAUAUCAGACUUACCUGUACAGAAACAUAGAAUGGUCAGUUUAUCGCUUGGAGCUAAGCACCCAGUCUCCCCAG